AUCUGUUGCAGAAGCCACAGAGGUUGAUCUCAACAUGAGAGUUGGAUUGCAUACAGGCAGGGUGCUUUGUGGAGUCCUGGGGCUCCGAAAAUGGCAAUAUGAUGUCUGGUCAAAUGAUGUGACUUUAGCUAAUGUAAUGGAAGCUGGAGGACUGCCUGGGAAAGUUCAUAUUACAAAGGCCACCUUAGAGUGCCUAAAUGGGGACUACGAGGUAGAACCAGGAUAUGGUCAUGAAAGGAAUAGUUUCUUGAAGAAGCAUAAUAUUGAAACAUAUUUUAUUGUGCCAUCCCAUCGUAGGAAGAUAUUUCCUGGACUGAUUCUGUCAGACAUUAAGCCUGCCAAAAGAAUGAAGUUUAAGACAGUCUGCUAUCUGCUCGUUCAGCUCAUGCACUGUCGUAAGAUGUUCAAAGCAGAGAUCCCUUUCUCCAACGUCAUGACGUGUGAGGAUGAUGAUAAGAGGAGAGCAUUAAGGACAGCCUCUGAAAAACUCAGGAAUCGUUCCUCUUUUUCUACUAAUGUUGUAUACAACACCCCAGGAACUCGAGUAAAUAGAUACAUCAGCCGCUUGAUAGAGGCCCGGCAAACUGAGUCUGAGAUGGCUGACUUGAACUUCAUUACCCUGAAGUAUAAGCAAAUUGAGCGUGAAAAUAAAUACCACCAGCUUCAGGAUGAAUACUUCACCAGUGCUGUAGUUCUCUCUCUAAUUUUAGCUGCCUUAUUUGGCCUUGUCUACCUUCUAAUAAUACCACAGAGUACCAUAGUUCUUGUUCUCCUGGUGUUCUGCAUAUGCUUCCUAGUGGCUUGUAUUAUGUAUCUACAUGUCACACGAGUACAAUGUUUUCCAGGGUGCCUGACAAUACAAAUUCGUACCAUUUUGUGUAUUUUUAUUGUGAUCUUAAUAUACUCCGUGGCUCAAGGAUGUGUGGUUGGCUGCAUGCCUUGGGUUUGGAAUACCAAUUCCAGCAGCUCAAUAGUUAUCAUUUCUCCUGGUGGAAAAAAUAAAACAAUGAGUGAACUUCCAUGUGACACAGCCCACUAUGCUUUCCUUUCCUGUGUAGUGGGGACUCUCACCUUGGCAAUAUUUCUACGUGUAUCUUCCUUGCCAAAAAUGAUUCUCCUGCUUUUUGUUACAAUCUUGUACAUAGUUAUUCUGGAACUCAGUGGUUACAGAAAAGCAGUGGGGGGUGGCUCAUUUUAUAUGCGUGGCUAUGAACCAAUACUAGCUAUUUUGCUAUUUUCUUGUGCUUUGGCACUGCAUUCCAGACAGGUGGACUUGAAACUGCGUCUGGACUACCUCUGGGCUGUGCAGGCAGAAGAAGAGAGAGAUGAUAUGGAAAGAGUCAAGCUGGAUAAUAAAAGAAUUCUCUUCAACCUGUUGCCAGCACAUGUUGCACAGCACUUUCUUAUGUCUAAUCCAAGAAAUAUGGACCUUUAUUACCAGUCAUAUUCACAAGUGGGAGUGAUGUUUGCUUCCAUCCCAAAUUUCAAUGAUUUCUACAUCGAAUUGGAUGGCAAUAAUAUGGGAGUGGAAUGUUUACGCCUGUUAAAUGAAAUUAUUGCUGAUUUUGAUGAGCUUAUGGACAAAGAAUAUUAUAAGGACAUAGAAAAGAUCAAGACAAUUGGAAGUACAUAUAUGGCAGCUGUGGGACUCGUACCUGCUUCAGGAACUAAGGCUAAAAAAUCAAUUUAUUCCCAUCUGAGUACACUAGCAGAUUUUGCAAUAGAGAUGUUUGACGUUCUUGAUGAAAUCAACUAUCAGUCUUACAACGACUUUGUCCUACGAGUUGGUAUUAAUGUUGGGCCAGUAGUGGCAGGAGUCAUUGGAGCCAGAAGACCACAGUAUGAUAUCUGGGGAAACACUGUAAAUGUUGCCAGCCGGAUGGAUAGUACUGGAGUGCAGGGAAAAAUUCAGGUGACAGAAGAAGUUCAGCGGAUAUUAAAAAGGUGCAGUUAUGAAUUUGUGUGCAGGGGUAAAGUCAGUGUAAAGGGAAAAGGUGAAAUGUUGACCUAUUUUCUGGAGGGAAAGGCUGAUGGAAAUAAUUCCCAAACACGAUCUUUAAACUUAGAGAGAAAAAUGUACCCUUAUGGGAGAGCAAACAUUCAAACAAAACUGGGCACCAGCUGUCCAUCGAUGUCCUCAGUUGCUAGCUUUACUGUAAAACCUGGGCUUGGAGCAGGUCAAGCGUCUGCCACUCACACAAAUCAAACACUGCAUUAUCUUCCUUCUGUGCCAGCUGUGAAGGAGGCAUAGAACAAAGGAGAUCUGGUUGUGCCACUUGCAGUGAACUUGAAGAGCAAUGGUUGCCAGAAUUUUUACCAAGAGGUCAGAAGUCAUAGGCCAUGGCAUUAACCAAGGACCACUACAAUCCAACCAAAGAGAACUUGGGGACUGUGCAACGAACUCUUGGGAUGGAACAUAUAAGGGCUAGCAAUUCUGUUAGGAAAAGUCAAAACGGGAUUUUCUGGAAAUGAGGAAUAUUUUCUUGACAUUUUUAAAGGG